AAUUGGAUAUCCUCCUGGUAUGAAAAAGAGAUCUGUAGGUCAGUCAGGUAGGAACAAUGUGAAUAGCAGGUCAAACCAGUCUGCUGCUCCUUCUAGUUCUGUUGCAUCUGCUCUUCCUUUUACUUCUGAGCAGAUUACUAAGUUGAUGAGUUUAAUUGGUGAAAAGUCAGAAGGAGAGCAGCAAAAGUCUAACAUGGCAGGUGAGUCUAGUUAUGUGAAUAACUUUGUUAGUUGUUCUAGUUUUGUUAAUUUUGAACAUGGUUAUAGAUGGGUUGUUGAUUCGGGGGCAAAUCAACAUAUGGUAAAUACUGAUAAGGAUAUGAUUAACUGUGUUGAUGUUUCUGAAUGUGGUUUAAAAGUUGGUCAUCCAAAUGGAACUAGUGUAAAUGUCAUAAAGAUUGGUGAAUUGAAACUGAUUAAUAAUGUUGUUUUAAAAGAUGUUUUCUUUGUUCCUGGUUAUAGUGUCAAUCUGCUGUCAGUGCAUAAGUUAGCAAAAGACAAUAAUAUUGCUGUAUUGUUUAAUGAAAGUAAUUGUAUGUUACAGGAUUUGAAAUCAAAGAAAGUCCUGGUGAUUGGUAACCAGGAAAAUGGGCUGUAUUAUGUGGGUAGACAUGGCUUCCUUCGUCUGUGUUAGGAGGUAAGAGUCCAUAUGAGUUGAUGUUUGGUUUUGAACCCUCCUUGUCUCAUUUGAGGUCUUUUGGGUGUUUAUGCUUCAGUACUGUGUUAAAUGAAUCUGAUAAGUUUGCUUAUCAUGCUGAUAAGUGUGUUUUAAUUGGAUAUUCAAAUGUGAAAAAAGGGUAUAAGUUGUGGAGUUUAGAUGAGAAAAAGGUAUAUUUUUCUAGGGAUGUAAAAUUUUAUGAACAUGUUUUUCCUUUCAAGUCUAAACUCCUUGAUAUUGAUAUGGGUAACAUUGAUGUAGACAAAAGUUUAAAUCAUGUAAAUUUUUUUGACCGUUAUGAAGCAUUUUCAACUGAAAUUCCUCAAACUCCCAAUGAUGAAGAGGGUGCAAAUAGGUCUCAUGACAUAGUUAGUGAGGCUCAGCAGCCGAUUCCCUCUACUUCUGCCACUCCUGGACCUGUUGAUUUAGGUCAUAAUAUAGAGUCUAGUGUAGAUAGUAGUGAUAGAGAGGAGUCAGGCGUGGCAGAGGACACGGCUGUGUCAAAUGAUGAGAUCAACCCAUCUGAGGGAACUGGUGGUAGUAUUAGAAGGUCUUCUAGGCCUACUUCUGUUCCGA